CGCUGGUUGCUGCCGGAAGUGAUGUCGGAAGGCUCGAGCUGAGGCGAUCCCAGCGGCCUCCCUUCUGAGGUGACAUUUUUUUCCUCCCUUCCUCCGGCUUCUUCUUUUCGUUCCCUCCUGCCCGGGCCGAAGAAGCGGCACCGGCCACGCCAGAAGGAGGAACGGAGAGCGGGGGGAGAGGAGGAGCCCCGGCCCCUCAUGCUCGAGCUGGCCCUUCCCGCGGGGCCUCAGGCCGGGAAGAGCCUCAGAGGCCGCGGCGGCGGCGGCAACAACUCUGAGAAUUUGUUGGGAAACAGCCAGAAUGACAACUUUGGAUUCUCAGGUCUUCUGUCUGCAGAGCAGUGACAGCAGAAGCUGAAAGGUUGCUUUCCUGCUGAAGCCCUAGGUGAGUUUGCAUUUCCACAAAACUCUGGGUCCAUCCUCUGAGACCAGGAGAGACUUAAAAUUCUGAAAUGAAGAUGGAGGCAGCAGACAGAACAGAAGAACUCAUUGACCCAGAAGUCUCACCCAAACUCUCAGAGAAACAGGAGCCAGCUCUGGGCGAAGAGGGAUCUAUAGAACUGGAUAUGCCUGCUCAGAAAGAGAACCGAGUGCUGGGGGAGGAUUCGGCAGUCCUCGCCUCGAUGCCUUGCUUGCUGAUGGAACUGAGACGGGACUCCUCCGAAUCUCAGCUGGCCUCAACGGAAAGUGACAAGCCGACGGCCGGCCGCGUUUAUGAGAGUGACUCUUCCAACCAUUGCAUGCUGUCCCCUUCAUCCAGCGGCCAUUUGGCCGAUUCUGACACGCUCUCCUCUGCAGAAGAGAAUGCUCCCGGCCAACCUGAGACGGCAGUCGAGGGAGACUCUUCCGCCAUGUCCGUGUCGACCGUCGGGAGGAAAUCGAGGCGGUCCAGAUCGGAGAGCGAAACCUCGACAAUGGCUGCAAAGAAAAACCGGCAGUCGAGCGACAAGCAGAACGGCCGCGUCGCUAAGGUCAAAGGUCACCGGAGCCAAAAGCACAAAGAGCGCAUCCGGCUACUGAGGCAGAAGCGGGAGGCCGCCGCCCGCAAGAAGUAUAACCUGCUGCAGGACAGCAGUACCAGCGAUAGUGACCUAACCUGUGACUCGAGCACGAGCUCGUCGGAUGACGAUGACGAAGUUUCAGGGAGCAGCAAGACAAUCACUGCGGAGAUACCAGCUGGCUUCAGUCGUGCUGGGGGAUCUGGAGGAGCGACCAGGGAAAUCCCAGGAUUGCUUGACAGGGGCACCGUGUGGGAUAGGAACUGCAUAGGCAACGUCCUAGAAGAGGCCAUGAACUGCUUUGCCGAGAUGCAGAGGCAGACAGAGGAGAAGUUUCGCAUGUGGAUAGAAAAACUCACUCGCCUGGACACCGAUGAAGAAAGCAAGCAGCAACUGGAGUCCAGGGAAACUAAAGUACCCUUAGAUGGCCAAAGAAUCUCCUCAACUCCUCAGGCAGGGAUUUUUAUGCAGGUGCCAUCGGAUAGCCAAGGACUUCCGCCGCAGCAGCCCUUUAACUCUUACGCCAGCUGUCAAAAUACUGAUACGGCUUUAGAGGGUCCAGAGACUUUGAAUAACAAUUUCCCAACUCUCUUCCCUGAAAACGGGAAUAUCAUGGAAUCCAGCUUGAACCCAUCACAAACUUAACAAGAUCCUCAAGCGGUGACGGUUUAACCCAGAUCUUGACUGGAAAUGCUGUCCGUUAUAAAACGAAUAACACAUUUUGGUUCCUCCUUUUAGGCUUUUAAACAGCGUUUAUUUUUCUUGUCGCUUUCUUGAGAAAAGAGAUGUCAUUUGGUUUUGCUCUUCCUGGCUUUCCAUCAGCAGAGCUUACGAGUUAGCGAGCUUAUUUUGUGUAUCUUACUUGUAGGACCAAUCAAUGUAUUCCUUAACUGCUCCUUUUGCAUGCCAGAAUUGUUCAUUUGUAUAUAUUUAUAUAUAUAUAUAUAUAUAAAAAAGAUUUGAAAUUGAAAGAAUCGUAUACCAAAUCAGUAUGUCCUGUAAAUAUUUUCUUAAAACAAAUGCUAGCGUCUAUAUUGUGCAUCUUAAACAGAAUUAUUAUACUGCUUGCCAUGUUUGGUUCUUCCAUCACUUAGGGCACAAAUUGGCUGAUUUGUGAAUUGGAAAGUUUUUGAUAAACCAUUCACUGUUCUCAUUCGCUUUCAUGCAAGUUUUUGCUUUCAACAGUAUAUUUAGAGGACUCUUUCAUUUUGUAAAAACGUACUAAUCCUAACGGCCAGAGGAAUUUGAGAGAGAAAAAUAAUAGAUCUAUCUCUCCAAGAGUUAAAUUAAUUUGGGAACAUUGAACGAGAUUAAGUGAACAUUUACUAUAGAAGCAUGCAUAAGAACUUAUACCACCUGUCAAAACAGAGUAAUUUUCGGUGUGGGUGUGUUUCAUACAAUCAAAUUGUAAUGUUAUGCUAUCAAUUCUGGACUAUAUUGUAAAAUAAUAGUGGGGUUAAGCCUUGAAAUUUGGCCAGUUGUAAAUUACAAAUUGAAAGAUGUUGUCAUUUGCAGCCCAUAAAAUGUUAUCAGACACUCAUGAAAUAAUUCAUAGCGUGAUCCUUUUGAUUGCUCUUCUUUUAGUCAGCAUCUCUUCUGCUGCAUAAUAAGUUCCUUCCCUGCUUUUUUAAUCUUGAUGCCAAAUGACCAUUUUACAUAUUCAAGCAUUAACAAAUAUUCUCCUCCUGUUGUGUGGUUUAUGAUUGACACCCUUGUUUUCCUGAUACCUGCCUUAGGUUCCCUGUUGGUUCAGAUAAUGGCAAAACUUGGACUCUUAAUACCCACUUAGGCUAAGUUUUGAGGGACAAUUCUAUCUAUACAUUUAAGGCAGGGGCGUCCAAACUUGGCAGCUUUAACACUUGUGGACUUCAACUCUCAGAAUUCCCCCAGCCAUAAUGGCUUACCUGGGAAUUCUAGAAAUUGAAGCCCACCAGUUGCCAAGUUUGAACACCCCUGAUUUAAGGGAUGAAAACUCUUCUAUGCCCUGAGUCAUCCCUGUUUCCAGAAGACCUACCUCUGGAAGCAGUAAAUGGUAAGAUUUUGUUUUGUUUUCCAAAUAUUCCUUCACAGUUUGUUUUCAGAAUAUUCUUUCUUUUUUAUCCCAUCUCCUUGACCUUAAAAAAAACCUCCACAUUUUCCUGAACAUUACAAGUAAAUGUGGAAAUGGUGUGUAUGGACACAUAAUAAGACCACGAGUAAGUGGGUUUUGCUGCAUGGCUUUCUGGAUUGCUGCUCUUUCCCCCCUAUGUCUUUAUUUUUUAUUUUUACAAACAUUUUCUAAGCUCUUGUUCACUGAAUAUUCUUCCUAGCAGUGUUGGUUGACACUACCCAUUCAGUGUUCAGUUAUUGUAAUUCUUUUCAGUUUAAAUUUUUUUUUCAUGCCUGGGAGAGGCUAUUGAGUAAACAUCCCUUACAAGUUAGGUUUGGUCCCAAAAACGUCAAAAGUUCUGAUGGUUCCUAUUUGGGCUUUCAUGUGAAAAUGAAUUAUUUAAAAAAAUAAUACAAAAGUACUUUUUCACUAUGCUAAAAAUAAAAAAUAUGUGUCGCCCAAUCUAGUUAGAUUUAUGCCCGACUGAUUCCUCUCUCCACAGUUAAUGAGAUCCUAAACAUGUUUACUCGGAAGUAAAUCCCACACAGGUCACUCAGUGCAGCUUUUUCUUGUUUUAGGAUCGCAACCUAAAUUUCCAGUGGUAAAAAUGGGUGGGGAAUUAACAAAUGGAUUGUUUGAGUACCUCUGUAGGAGGAUGCUGUGUGUUUUUCUCACGGCUGCUCCCACCACAUGGAAAGCAGUCUGUGAAAGCGAAACUCCCUUUGAAGGCAGUUUGUGAAAAGGCAUGCAGUGAGAUGAUAAGCAUUCAAAAAUUCAAAAAGAUCUCUUAAGGUCGUGAUAUUUAAAGCAAUACCUUGGAUGCCUGUACUUUAUAGAUAUCUUCAGCUAUUGCUCAUUGAUCCAUCUUGUUAAUUUUAUCUGUGAAUGUUUUUUAAGGAAAAGUUUUUUAAAAAUAAAUAAAUAAAUACGUAAACCGGUUUCUUACCCUCUCCUCUACAUAAUUUAUCUUAGGAGAAAUAAAGCAGCUUUUUAAAAGCUGCAUUGUUUAGGGUAUCUGUUCUAAAGGCUAUGCAGGAAAUAAUAUGUAAAACAAAUGUGAAUGGUUUCUAAAAUAAGUUUGGUGUUAAUAGUUUUCCAUGUAUCAUAUUGAUAUGGAUGUGAAUUUGAUACCUUCCUAACCUUAAAAAUGUGUACAUUUAACUGGUUUUAAACAGUAGGGAAUCUCUUUAGUAUCUUGAUGAGUUGGUUUGGUUUUUGUUUUGCCUUGAA